GCACUCUGUCCUGGAGCAGCAUCCACUCCGCUGGUCCCCGCUUCUGCUUCUUCCCUCUUCUUUAUUUUCUUCGGUGCGUCGACGCUCGGCUCGGCGGUGACUUUAUCCGCCUUCAGGGCAACGUUGUACCCCGGAGCAAGACGACAGUGCGGGAGGAUGAACCCCCAGUGUGCCCGCUGCGGGAAGAUCGUGUAUCCGACGGAGAAAGUGAGCUGCCUGGAUAAGAACUGGCACAAAGGAUGCUUCCACUGCGAGGUCUGCAGGAUGACGCUGAACAUGAAGAACUACAAAGGUUACGACAAGAAGCCGUACUGCAACGCUCAUUAUCCCAAAACAUCCUUCACCACUGUGACCGACACUCCAGAGAAUCUGAGACUGAGGCAGCAGAGCGAGCUGCAGAGCCAGGUGAAGUACAAGAAAGACUUUGAGGAGAGCAAAGGCCGAGGCUUCAGCAUCGUGUCCGACACGCCGGAGAUGCAGCGACUUAGACGCACACAGGAGCAGAUCAGUAACGUAUGGACACACACAAACACACACACACACACACACACUGUUUGUGUACGUUUGUGUUAAAAUGUAUGAGUGUGAUUUGGUGCACUUUUUGUCAGUGAGCACACCCACACACACACACACACACACACACACACACACACACACACACACACACACACACACACACACACACACACACACUCACACGCACAAAGAAGUGGCCCCUGUGACCUUUGAACCUCUGACAGCAGCAUAAACGUGUUCGCUAACUAGCGGGCUUUUCCUCUCAUCUCUGACCUCGCCGUGAAGAGGAGGGAGGGACGUGGGAGGAUGAAGAGGCAGAUAUGGUGGGCGAAUGGGAGAAUGGUGUCAGUAGAACGUUACGUAACAAUCGUGUGUGUGUGUGUGUGUGUGUGUGUGUGUGUGUGUGUGUGUGUGUCUGUGUCUGUGCUUCCUGCUGCAAAAUAUCUUAGGUAACAAAAUGUGUGAAACGUGUCGAGAGAGUUGGAGUGACGACUUUUUUGGGGUGGAUGUGACGUUUGUGAAUUUGUUAGCGACAUCUAAAAGGGUGAAACUUCUAGACGGAUGAUGAAGACAGCCGUCGCCUCUCUGGAGGGCUUAGAGCAGGGGUGUCCAAAGUGCAGCCAUUUGGGGCCCGCAGCAAGGUUUUUUAAUGGCCUGUGGCACCAUCUAAAAUGACUAUUAAAAAAAUGUAAAAGUAGAAUUAGAGAUGUCUGAUUUUUGGACUGUCGAUGUUAUCGGCCGAUAAAUGCUUUAAAAUGUAAUAUCGGAAAUUAUCGGUAUCGGUUUCAAAAUUAUCGGUAUCGGUUUCAGAAAGUAAAAUGUAUGACUUUUUAAAACGCCGCUGUGUACACGGACGUAGGGAGAAGUACAGAGCGCCAAUAAACCUUAAAGGCACUGCCUUUGCGUGCCGGCCCAAUCACAUAAUAUAUGCGGCUUUUACAUACACACAAGUGAAUGCAUAGUAUACUUGGUCAACAGCCAUACAGGUCACACUGAGGGUGGCAGUAUAAACAACUUUAACACUGUUACAAAUAUGCGUCACACUGUGAACCCACACCAAACAAGAAUGACAAACACAUUUCGGGAGAACAUCCGCACCGUAACACAACAUAAACACAACAGAACAAAUACCCAGAACCCCUUGCAGCACUAACUCUUCCGGGACGCUACAAUAUACAGCCCCGCUACUCCCUACCCCUCACCGCCCCCCCAACCCCACCCACCUCAACCUCCUUAUGCUCUCUCAGAGAGAGCAUGUCCCAAGUUCCAAGCUGCUGUUUUGAGGCAUGUUAAAAAAAAUAAUGCACUUCGUGACUUCAAUAAUAAAUAUGGCAGUGCCAUGUUGGCAUUUUUUUCCAUAACUUGAGUUGAUUUAUUUUGGAAAACCUUGUUACAUUGUUUAAUGCAUCCAGCGGGGCAUCACAACACAAUUAGGCAUAAUAAUGUGUUAAUUCCACGACUGUAUAUAUAUCGGUAUCGGUUGAUAUCGGAAUCUGUAAUUAAGAGUUGGACAAUAUCGGAAUAUCGGAUAUCGGCAAAAAAGCCAUUAUCGGACACCUCUAAGUCGAAUACCACAGCAAAUAAGUGAAAUGUAACGAGAAAAAGUUGAAAAGUUGACUCUAAUAACACAAAAGUGUUUUUUUCUUUAAAACGGUCAUUACUCAAAAAAUAUUAAUGAAUCAAAAUCAAUGUUAGGAAUUAUUGACCUAUUAAAGGCUCCAAUUAUUAUUAUUAAUUAUUAUUCACAUCAGUAUUUCCACUUUUAAAUAUUUUAAGGGGGAAAUAUUGCAAAGUGUGUGUGUUCGCCAUACAAAAAGCUAAGGUUUCUACGACAAAAAGAGCAUAAGACAGACAAAUAAAUUACUAUUAAAAAUAAUUAAACAAAUGGAUGGAUCUGAAGCUGAAGUGUUGAAAGAAAAACACAAUGUAUGUCUUAUUUUGAACACCUUAUUAGUGGGUUCCUUUUGCAUCCCCAAUAAAAAAAUUUUUAAAGACUGUCAUUGCUCAAAAAAACAAAAAAAAACAUAAAAUGUAUGAUAUUAUGACUUAUUGACCUAUUUAAGGCUCAAAUUACUCUACAUCAAAUAUUCCACUUUAACAUUUUUUUGGAGGGAAAUAAAAGCAUAAAAAAACAGUGUUUUGACAGAAACAGCAUAAGACAUAAAAAAAAAAGAUAAAUAAUACCUUUAUAUCGACAGAUAGGCCUGAAGUUAAUCUAGAGAUUUAAGUGGCGAAUAGAAAAAAAAAGAUUAAAAAAUAUUACUUAUUUUUUAAAUUUUCAUGACUGAGACCCUUCUGGGUCCCCAGGACUAAAUUUGAAAAAAAAGGUACUGUAUUGGUUUUGAAAAUGAAAUAUAUAAAAAUGGCGCUCGCAUGCUUUGUUUUUUCAGUGUGCGGCCUUCAGUGGAAACAGUUAGGACACCCCUGGCUGAGAGUGACCA